AUGCCGACGGAAACGAUCGCCGCCCUUCCUGCACAGCAGGUGCCCAUCGUGGACUUUGCCACCUUGACGGACUCGAACGAGCUCGGCUCGCUCAUUGAAGCGGCUUACGGCCCCAAGGGCCUUGGCAUCAUGGCCGUCGCCAACGUCCCGGGCCUCGAGGAGCUCCGCACAAAGCUUUUGCCGCUCGCGUUCCGCUUUGCGAACCUGCCCGCGGACGUCAAGACCAAGUACGAGCUUGAGAAGGCAUACUACGGCUUUGGCUGGAGCCACGGCAAGGAGAACCUCCAGGGCAAGCCCGACUACUCCAAGGGCUCGUUCUACAACAACCCGCUCCACAACGUCAAGACGGACGAUGCGCAGCUCAUCAAGCAAUUCCCGACGUUCUACCACGACAACAUUUGGCCCACGGAGGAAAUCCCGGAGCUUGAAGAUGCGUUCAUGAAGCUCGGGCAGCUCAUUGUGAGCACGGGUCUCCUUGUUGCCAAGCAGUGCGACAAGUAUGUCGAGUCGCAGUGCCCGACGUACGAAGCCGGGAAGCUCUACCGCAUCAUCAAGGAAAGCCGGUCGUGCGUCGGCCGCCUCCUCCACUACUUUGCCAUGGCUGCGGCGGACCUCGAGAAGCGCGAAGUGUCGUCGGAGAGCGUCGAGGCCGAAUUCUCGAGCUGGUGUGGCUGGCACAACGACCACAGCGCGCUUACGGGCCUUGUCCAAGCGCUCUUCACCGACAUGAGCGGUGCCACGAUCGACAACCCGGAUCCGAGCGCGGGACUCUACAUCAAGAACCGCGACGGCCAGAUCGUUCGCGCGCUCAUCCCGAAGGGGCACCUCGUGUACCAGAUUGGCGAGACGUCCCAGAUCCUUACGGGCGGCAUCCUCCAGGCGACGCCGCACGCCGUGCGUGGGCCGCAAGUGCCUAACGUCAACCGCGAGACGAUGGCGGUCUUUAUGGGUCCCGAGCACAACGAGCCCAUGUUCAUCCCGGAAGGCAUGAACCCGCAGAGCGCGGGGCAGAGCGAUAACCUUCCGCUCGGCGUGCCGCCGCUUCUCUCGCGUUGGGACAACUCGAUGGUGUUCCACCAGUUCACCAAGAAGACCCUCGACGCGUACUAUGACUUGUCAAAAAGCCCCUAA